CUCCCCCUCUGACUUCUGGGUUUUCCCUGAGAUCAGAGAUGGAAAUUAACUAGUAAAAGGAAAUUACAGAUCAACGGAUUGUGCUUAUCUUUCUUCAGACACAGGUGACAUGCUACUCUGAGGACUAUGACCAUAGGAAACAAGCUCAGUGAGAAAAACUAUGAGUUUAUUUUUAUUUGAAGGGGACCUUUUCAGGAGAGAAGUCUUUCCACUUGAAGUUCAGCACAACACUGUGUCUCCUGUUUGUGUCAGCCUGAACAUGUCCUGUACACAAAUGGCUGAGCUGCUGAGUCAUGCUGAGUGGGCUCCUCGAGAUUAACAAAAAUGAGAUAAGAUGAAUAUCUUCUCAGCCAUUUGGAGAUGCAUCAUUAUACUGCUCACUUUUUCCCUAAACCGUUGCCCUCUGCUACCUGCUGGCAGCCAGCGCUUCAAUGGUCUUGGCUACCUGACAGUAGAGCCAGCCCCGCUUUUCCUCAUAGGCUCAAACCUGACAGUGUACUGCCAUGUCACAAAAUGUCAACACGGGUUCACAAUAUCUCUUGAGCUGAAUGGUCAGACUGUGGAUGCUAGGAAGAAAGUGAACUGCACCACAAUGGUAUUUAAUCUGCUCAAUGUCCAGACACCACGGCUUGAAGUGCUUUGUAAGUUGAAGGGGGAUCAGCUGUCCAAGAUUGUCAAUGGACUGGAACUACAUGGUGGACUCCCUCCAGAUAAACCCAAAAGCAUUAACUGUGAAACUACAAGGAGCUCAGAUGCUGUAGGCUGCUCGUGGAAGAAAGGACAGGAAACGUACCUCCCCACAACCUUCAACAUUUCAGUCAACAGAGAAAAUGGCAUCCAGAUACAUUUAGCCCAAACCCGACAUGAAAACAUCACCAUACCACGUGGAAUUUUAGAUGAAAACACUAAAUACCACUUGAUUGUCACUGCCUACAACCACUUCGGAGCCUCACAGGAACUGUUCAUCCUGUGUGUAAAGGAUAUAGUGAUACCAGAGACCCCUCAAAUUAUGCAGAUAGAGUUUGGGAAUAGCUCCAUAGCAACCAUGUUGCAGUGGAAAACCCCUGAAUCCUCAGUGCAUCUCAGACCAAACAUCAGACUCCACACAGAUAAUGGCUCCUGGGAAGUGAAAGAGGGAACAGAGCUCAAUGAAGGUCUGAUAAGACUGGACAACUUGAGGCCGCUGACUGAUUAUGAAUUCCAGUUGAGAACAUGCUUCACACCCAGCUUGACCUCCACCAAAAGGUCGGUCUGCAGUAAAUGGAGCCUGUCUAUGAGGGGGAGAAGCCCUGGAAAAGGUCCAUCUCAGCAAUUACAUGUGUGGAGGGUUUUCAGAAGCCAUGCGACAAACAGGCUGCAGGUGGUGACAGUUUUGUGGAAGCCCCCAUCAAGAGAGGACUACAGUGGUGAGGUGCAGCAGUACAAAAUGUUUCUGGUUAAUGGCCAGACACAGAAUGUGACCUGUGCUGCUGCUUUGAGCCAGUGUUCAGUCCAGGUACCAGCAGAGGUUCAGGCACUGAGCAUCAGCGCUGUCACCUUAUAUGGGACUUCUCCACCAGCUGAUGUGCCACUCAGACACUCAGGUGUUUUUGGACCUGUUCUGAGAGAGGUGGCUCCUGCAGUUAAUGGCAGUGCUGUGCUCGUCUCCUGGUCAUGGCCAGGGACCAAGCAACGGUCAGCGUCUGGAGACCUGCUGUACUAUGUGAUAGAGUGGACAAGUGUACCCGCAGCAGAGCUGCAAUGGCAAAAGUUGCCCAAAGAUCAAAAUAACACAUCCAUCCCAGGUCUGAAGGCUGGUGUGAGGUAUAAUAUCUCUCUGUAUGCUGUGACCACCAGAGGCGUCUGUGUUCCAUCAUCUGGUCUGGUCUACUCCAAAGAACAGAAACCAGCAUCUAGUCCCAAUAUGUUGGUGCUGAUCCAUGAGGCCAGGCGAGUCCUGAUCCAGUGGCAUGAGCUGCCUGUGGACCAGCAGAGAGGCUUCAUCACAAACUACACCAUCUAUGUCCAGACGUUGGACUCCAGCAAAACAGAACGAAGUGUGAUGGUGCCAGCCUCCAGCCCCAGACAGAUGUGGAUAGACUGUUCUGAAGGAACAGUGGCUUUGGAGCUGACUGCAUCCAACUCAGUGGGAGAAGGACCACGAGCAAGACGGAUCUCUUCUCUGCCUGCAGCCCCUCCAGUUGGCCCGGUGAUUGUGACUGUUUUCAUCAUUACCCUCUUCAUGGCGAUCAUAGCCAACCUAAUGUGUUGGAGUUGUGUGAGGAAGAGGGUCAAACAGAAAUGUAUUUCCUGGGGACCUGCCGGGCUUGUUGAGAACCUGCCAAAACUGGGAAACAGUAAUGCAAUCAGACUGCUGGAGGAGGACAGAGGUGAACCAUCCUUCUCAUCCACUCACAGUGACCCUCCUCUGUCCCCCAUCAGUCUGAUCUCCUGGGAGGAGAGGAACGAGGUGUACCCCACCAUUCAGGUCGAAGUUUCCCAACCUGAUUUUGGACCAGCUGUGGCAGAGACACCUUUACUCACAUUAGACUGUGGGACAAUGCUUGUUGGCAGCCAACUGGAACAUGUCAGCUACAAACCCCAGGUUGCUACUUUUGCUUUACAAGGAGAGGAGGUAAAAGAGACAGAAGAGGAGCAGAGGGACAUAUCAGUGAGUGGGGAGGAGGACAUAUGUUCAAGUGUAUAUGGAGGAUUGCUGAGAGGUUUGCUUUCCAAUGUGGAGGUGGAGUUCUCGGAUUCACCCCUGGUACUGACUCUCAGCUCAGUCAACGGCCUUUUGUGGCCUAAAACAGAGGCUGUAUUGAACAGAGGUGUCUUAUCUGGGAUGACAGGGACUGAGAAUGAUGUGGGAGUGGACUUUCCCUCUCUGGAGUUACAACAGGAUGAAAAAAUGUCUUGUGACGUGUCUCAGUAUACCAUUGAGAAAACAUUGACUGAUGCAUACUUCCCUCAGGUAGCCAUUGUUAGCAGCAGCACACUCUGCAACUCGCACAGGUAGCAGGGACAAUGGGAAAGACAAACAGUUGGCACUGUACUGACUUUCAAAAAGCAUUAAGCACCACUUGACCAUGUGGUGACCUCAGUGACUGUGUGAUUAGAGUAAAAUCAUGCCUCAGAUUAUCUGUAACUAUAAUCAGUUGUUAAAAAACUAUUCAAUGAGUUUGACUGAAUGAUAAUCCAAUAAAGGUGUCACAAU